AUGAACUAAAAAAAUUUUUAUACCAAACACAACAAAAUAGAAUAGAACCAAGAAUUACUCCUAAGUUCUAGAAAUAGAGUUAGAUCGGCGUUUUAGGAUAUUUCAAAUAUGAACUUUCCAUUUAUACAUUUUUAGGAGAAAGGAGUGAAAUAAUAAAAGGAUGAAAUAAAAAUCUAGAAGGGCAAAAGAAGAAAUGCAUUGAUACCUGUUAGUAUUGGAAGGAUGCUCAUUUAAGUGGAAAAUGCAGAGUUUUAGUAGAUCAAUAACUUAAUACGGUCCGGAAAAGAGACAGAGAAAGAUAUUCUCUGUUAUUUUGAUAAAUUUCGAUAUGAAAUUUAUUAAUAUGAACUAGUAAUAGAAUAAUAAGUAAGAUGAAAAUUUAAAAUAGUUGAAUAAAUUGAACAUUGAUUAACAUGAUUUUACAGGAGAACAGUUAGAGCGAGCGUUAGAUUGGAUGGUUUAUAAGAUGAAAAAAUUUAAAAAAGUUACUACUGAGACAAUUUUCAAAGCUAUCGAAUUGGUUUAUUAGUAUUUAUAAAACACAUUUCAUCUGACAUUUAAAGAAUUGGAAUUAAUUUCAGGUUGUAGUAUUUACAUUUCAUCAAAACUUGUUGAUUUGUAUCCAAUAUACAUAGACGAUUUGUGCUAGGAAGUAUAUCUUUAUAAAUAAUAAGGUGUUGCAAUCUAAAUACUAUAACAGCGAUAUCCUUUAGCAGGAGAGAAAGAUGUGCUAAAUUUUAAAUUAUAGUUUAUGUUUCACUACAUCAUCAUAAUUAGUGCAUAGAAUAUUAAUGGAUUUAAGGGAUUUAAUAGAAUAAAUCUAUGAUAAAGAAAAGGUUGAAUAUUUGAGAUAGAAAAUCAUUGACAAUUUGUUAUAUAUGGAAAUAGGUUUGGAGUUUAGGUAGGUCUCGAAAUGCAAUAAAGCCUUAUCUAGUAUAUUAUUAACGAUGAUUGAAGAGAAUAUUGAGAAUAGAAUAGUAAUUAUUUAAAUAUUAUUUUUUUGUGCUAAGCUGUGUUGUUGUGUGUUAAUCAUUUCAAGUUGA